GACAGACAGAGAGAGAGAGUCCUUAAGUCAACGACCACAGCUAUCUCCGUCUGCGCCUCCACACGACCCGGCGUCACUACCUAUCUCCAGCUCCCUCGAAUCGAGCAUCCACAAUCCCGUCAAGAUGGAGGGUCUUUUCUUCAACGUCAACAGCGGCUACAUUGAGGGCAUUGUCCGUGGCUACAGGAAUGGCCUUCUCACCGGCUCCAACUACAGCAACCUGACGCAGUGCGAGACCAUCGAUGAUCUCAAGCUGCAACUCGGUCCUGCGUACGGCGACUUCCUCGGCAACCUCCCUCCCAACCCCUCGACGUCAGCUCUCGCCGCGAAGACAACCGACAAGCUCGUCUCCGAGUUUCGCUAUGUCCGGGCCAACGCCGUCGGUGCCCUUGCCCAAUUCAUGGACUACCUGACGUACGGCUACAUGAUCGACAACGUCGCCCUGCUGAUUACCGGCACCCUCCACGAACGAGACACCCGCGAGCUUCUCGAGAGAUGCCACCCGCUUGGCUGGUUCGAGACGAUGCCUGUUCUUUGCGUCGCGACCAACAUUGAAGAACUGUACAACAGCGUCCUCAUCGAAACGCCCCUCGCCGCCUACUUCAAGGGCAGCCUUAGCCAUCAGGACCUUGACGAGCUGAACAUCGAGAUCGUCCGGAACACGCUGUACAAGAACUAUCUGGAGGACUUCCACAGCUUUGUCAACACCCACCCGGAUAUGGCUGGCUCGCCAACGGCUGAUAUCAUGUCGGAGAUUCUCGAGUUCGAGGCUGACCGUCGUGCGAUCAACAUUACGCUCAACUCAUUCGGCACCGAGCUGAACAAGAACGACCGCAAGAAGCUUUACCCCAGCUUCGGCAAGCUGUACCCUGAGGGAACUCUGAUGCUCUCUAGGGCAGAUGAUUUUGAGGGUGUCCGUCUCGCGGUCGACGGCGUUGCAGACUACAAGAGCUUCUUCGAGGCUGCUGGCCUCGGUGGCGGCCCUUCGGGCCCCGGUAACCUGGGUGGCGGCUCGAGCUCUGACGGUAAAAGCCUGGAGGACAUGUUUUACCAGAAGGAGAUGGAAAUUUCCAAGAGUGCUUUCACUCAGCAGUUCACAUUCGCUAUUGUGUACGCCUGGGUGAGGCUUCGUGAGCAGGAAAUCCGCAACAUCACCUGGAUCGCUGAGUGCAUAGCCCAAAACCAGAAGGACCGAAUUGGCAACUACAUCAGCGUGUUCUGAGUUUUGUGUGUUUGGCAGCAGUCCUGUUCUCGUACUUUUGUAGAAUACCAGUUUCUUCGUUUAAUGGCAGGUCACAACGGCGCAAGGAGGUAGCUCAGGUUCAUGACGUGGAGAUCAGCAUCUUUACCGAUCGCUAUAGUGUACAUAGAGGACAAUUACAAGUCUGAAUUUUACACAUGUCAUC